AAGGAAAAAGGAAAAGACAAUUCUCAACCACCGUUGGAUCUAACCACUGCAACCCACCCAUGGCAUGGCCUACCUGCCAAUAAUUUUUCAGAACCGCACCCCUUUUCAAUCACCAUCCUCCUCCUCAGGCCUCCGCCAUGAAAAUAAAGCACAGAAAAGCUCAAACAUUUCCUCUUCUUCCAAUCAAGAAACAGAGAAGGAUGAUGGGCCAACCUGGAAAGUGGGUGGCGCUGGUGGCGGCGAUAUGGAUUCAGGCAUUUGCAGGCACCAAUUUUGAUUUCCCCUCCUAUUCCUCCGAUCUGAAGGCGGCGCUCGGGAUGUCGCAGGUGGAGCUCAACUAUCUGGCCGUCGCCUCCGACCUUGGGAAGGCCUUCGGUUGGUGCUCCGGCGUCUUUCUCUUGUAUUUUCCCCUCUGGGUUGUCAUGCUCAUGGCGGCUUCCAUGGGGUUUCUUGGCUAUGGCCUUCAAUGGCUCCUCCUUCAAAGGAUCGUGUCUCUGCCCUACUUCCUGGUAUAUCUUCUCUGCUUGCUGGCUGGAUGUAGUAUCUGUUGGUUCAACACAGUCUGCUAUGUCUCGUGCAUUCAAAAUUUCCCGGCGAACCGAGCGCUUGCACUGUCCUUGAUUGUCAGCUUCAAUGGCGUCAGUGCAGCUUUAUACACCCUGAUUGCCAAUGCAAUGGACCCCAAUGAUGCUAGCUUCUACCUCUUCCUAAAUGCACUGGUUCCUCUCAUCAUCUCUGCCCUUGCCCUCUUCCCUAUCCUUCAUCAGCCUCCGGUUCAGUUGCCAUCUGCCGAUGCCACUCGCCAUGAUUCCCUUGUCUUCCUCUGCUUAUACGUCACAGCAGUUAUCACUGGCCUGUAUCUAAUCAUCUUCAAUCCCAUGCCUUCCAACAAAUCGGGGUCCCAAAUUCUGUUAGCAGGGGCCAUUGCCCUUUUACUAUUUCCUCUUUGUUUGCCAGGAAUUCUGAGUACUCGCAAGUGGUUGAGUCGGAUCACAUCCACCAGCUUGAGCUGGCUUAAUAACUCUAGAUUCAACCUUGUCGAUCAUGAGCUUCACCAGGAGCUCAUCACUGUUGGAACAGAAAGAAAUGGCACUAAGGGAUUCAUUCCUUUUGAUUAUAAGGAGAAGGAUAGCAUUUCAACGAAGGUGAUGGAGAAAGAGAACUUGGUACUACUUGAAGAAGAGCACCAGGUUAAGAUGCUCGUGCGGCGGUUGGACUUUUGGCUCUAUUAUGUUGCAUACUUUUGUGGUGGGACAAUUGGAUUGGUUUACAGCAACAACCUUGGGCAGAUCUCAGAGUCACUAGGAUACAGUUCGUUGACAAGUUCGCUUGUAACACUCUACUCUUCUUGCUCCUUCUUUGGGCGGUUAAUCUCAGCAGCCCCAGAUUUUAUCCGUGAGUAUGUAGUAACAGCAAAAGAAAGGUGUACUUUCCAAGAACUGGGUGGCUAGCCAUUGCACUGGUGCCAACUCCAAUUGCCUUCAUUUUACUCGCUGCAUCAGGCAGCAAGAUAGCAUUACAAGCCGGCACUGGGUUGAUCGGCCUAAGCUCUGGAUUUAUAUUUUCAGCCUCUGUUUCAAUCACAUCGGAGUUGUUCGGACCAAACAGCGCAGGAGUCAACCACAACAUCCUCAUAACCAACAUUCCCCUCGGCUCAUUCCUCUACGGCGUCCUAGCGG